CUCCCUCUUCCCAGCUCCGGCUCCGCCACCAGCUCCCGCCUCGGCUCCCCCUCCAAGAGUCCCCUCCCAGGAGCGGAGGCCACCCGAGGGCCCCUCUCCCGCCCUGCAGCCCAGCCGCCCGGCCAGAACAGCCGCCCCGGGGGGCAGUCCCCCAACAGCCUGCCUCCCUCCAGCCCUGCCAGACCCCCCCAACCAUGAAUCUCUUCCGAUUCCUGGGAGACCUCUCCCACCUCCUAGCCAUCAUUUUGCUACUGCUCAAAAUCUGGAAGACCCGCUCGUGUGCCGGGAUUUCAGGGAAGAGCCAGGUCCUGUUUGCUGUAGUGUUCACUGCCCGCUACCUGGACCUUUUCACCAACUACAUCUCACUGUACAACACAUGCAUGAAGGUGGUCUAUAUUGCCUGCUCCUUCACCACAGUCUGGAUGAUUUACAGCAAGUUCAAAGCCACUUAUGAUGGGAACCACGACACGUUCCGGGUGGAGUUUCUCGUUGUGCCCACAGCCAUCCUUGCGUUCCUGGUCAACCAUGACUUUACCCCUCUCGAGAUCCUCUGGACCUUCUCCAUCUACCUGGAGUCGGUGGCCAUCCUGCCGCAGCUCUUCAUGGUGAGCAAGACGGGCGAGGCGGAGACCAUCACCAGCCACUACCUGUUCGCGCUGGGCGUCUACCGCACGCUCUAUCUCUUCAACUGGAUCUGGCGCUACCACUUCGAGGGCUUCUUUGACCUCAUCGCCAUCGUGGCCGGCCUGGUCCAGACGGUCCUCUACUGCGAUUUCUUCUACCUCUACAUCACCAAAGUCCUGAAGGGGAAGAAGCUGAGUUUGCCAGCGUAGCCCUGGUCCUCGCCAUCCCUCUCCUCGGCAGCGGAGAGAGGCAGAGGAAGGCCACGAGAGACGAAGAGCCUUCCUGUCCAGGGGUGACUUUUUUAAGAUCCAGCCUUUCCCCACUCCCCAUCUUCCUCCUGCCGGGUUUCAGGGGGUGGUGGAGGACCCGAGACUUGGGGAGCUCAGGACCUGGGCUGUUUGUAGUUUUUUGCCUUUUAGAGAAGAAAAAAAAAUCUUUCCAGUAUUUAGUUUUUGAUUCUGAUGACUUCUUUCUCUUCUAGUCUCUGGCUCUGGUUUUAUAAACUGUUUCAAGUAUCCUGUUUUGGGGAGGGGGGCCCAGGGUGGGAGCUCUUUUCUCUCUCCCAAGCCCCUCAGCUCUCUUCAGAUCCUGCCCCCCAGCCCCACUGUUUGCCAAACACUAAAUCGGCCUACGCCCACCCUCCCGCCUCCCACCCUGGCUGUGAACACGGCCCCUGCCCCCCAAACUUCUGGGUUGGGGAGCGGGAGGAGGGGAGGAAAGGUCUCCCCUGAUUUUUCAUAAUAAUUUUUUCCCAGAGUUUGGGGUUUUUUAGUCUUGUCCUGGUUUUGGGGGCAUUUAGGGGGCUGGCUCCAGGGUCACCACGACUCAGCCACCGUGUUUUUUGUACGGAAUUGAUGGUUGAUUCUUUGUUCUCUUGAAAUAAACCGAGGAAAAUGACGCCUCUUUCGCUACUCCUUGCCCUCUCUCUCUGGCGCUUGUGGGGUCCCACCUGAGCCCCUCUCUCUGCUUCUGCUUCAUCCCGUUGACCAUCCGCAGGCGGCUGAGGCCUGGGAGGAGCAGAAAGAGGAGAAACGGGGUUUCCUAAGACUCUGGACUGUGCCCUAACUCCUCACGGUCCCGCUGGGGAAGAUGCUUUGGAGAAAAAAAUCUCGAAGAUUCUCCCUAUCCCUGACUGUUGUCCCGAAUCUCAGGGUGACAGAGGACCUGGGGUCACCAGCAGGCAGCCCCUAUCCCACCCUUGUCUGGCAUUUUGUUGAGCCAUUCUGUUUUCUUAAAAAAAAAAAAGAAAGGAAAAAAGGAAUCAGUUGCCAGUCUUUACAAACCAGAGUUUCACAUCAAAAUCUGAAUUUCUGAAUUCCCUUGGGAAAAAAAAAUCCGUCCGCCUGAUAAUGCCAGGUCCUCGUUUCUGGGUGGCAGCAGAGCCGAGUGGACAGCCUCGAGCUUGUCUCCACAGUCCCCAGGACUCGGCCCAGGGGUCAUUACCAUUUAUUAUCCGGGCUGGCACGUCAUUUUCUGCUUUUGUUUGUGGAGUUAAAAGGAAAGGAGAUAUUUUCCUUGGGUCCCUCCACACCCAGCCUGUUUACUUUACUGCCAUUACCUGCCGGGCGCUUGGAAGCUUUGGGGUUGUUUCCCCGGAAUUAGUCAGACUCCCUAGAUAUCCACUGAGACCUUCUCUAACCGCCCCCAGAUCUCCAGCAGGAUGGUUCUGGAAAGCUUCGGGGGGCAGGUAGCUGCUGUUUUCUGAGCAGCUCGUUCGUUCCCGGCCACGUGUGUUCUGUGGAGGAGCCCACCGGACCCUCUGCACCCCUCGGGGGUCCCUCUGCGGAGGAGGAGGCCGAGGCUCGGAGGGUGGGUGGGGGAGGUGGGUUUGUGCCCCGGUUUCCUGGUGCUGGGGCCUCUUUGUGUUCAAGGCCACUGCCGUGGGGUUUUCCAACCAUUUGUGUUUUUCUUUCUUUUAAGCCAAGGGACCUUCUGUUUAGAGGAAUGUUGCCCAGGGGCCUCAUGUGGAAAAUGCAGGAACAGGCUCCUAGCGUGGAUCUGGGGCUGCGAGGCGGCCCUCCUUGAGUUCGGUCUGAAAACCAUCCCUGCCAGUCUGGUCCAGGUCUCUGGCUUCCCCGCCUGCACGGCUCGGGCCCAGAGACACUAAGUGAUGUGUCCCAGUUCCCCGGGCCAGCGGCAGUGCGGACCUGCGGGCCAGUCCGCCCGCUUCCCGCCUCGCAGCGCCGAGCUCCGCUCCACGGCCACCAUCUCUCCCUGGUGCCCACGGGGACUGCGUCCUGUGUGUCCUGUGCCCCGGGACUGAGCUCAGGGCCUGCCCCGAGGGAAACCUCGCGGAGGGACUCCCCACAGCUCGGUCCCUUCAUCCAGUCUGUAAAUGAAGGCAUGCUCUGCGGGCUGCCAUGACCUCCGUGCAGGGGCAUGUGGCUUGGCCAGCAUAACAUUAAAAGAAAAAUUCACAUGAAGGGAUGUCUGAAUGCUCCAGAAAACUAGAAAAACCCAGCAUGGUGGCCAUCGGCCCCUCGGGACCGUCAGCACUUGACAUGUGGAGAGCCCAGACUGAGAUGUAAAAUAGGCAAAGGGUUUCGAGGCCUAGGUAUAAGAGAAUGUAAGAUAGCUAAGAAAUUUUUAUAUUGAUGACAUGUUGAUCAUAUUUUGGAUAUACUGGGUUAAAUAAAAUAUAUGAAAAUGUU